GAUCGUCUAGCAUACAAACAUACGAGUGCGCUCUCCUCACUGUCACCGCUUGCGCCGCUCUCACCAUGUGACACUCGUGCGUGCCUGCCUGAAUAUAUUGCGGCGUUCUUGGCAUGAACGUGUGCCUCAGGCGCGAAGAUGACGAAGCCGCCCCGGCUUGACUUGCUGCGCACAUGCACUUGAGACGAGUUGCAGGCUUCUGUUUCUGUCUACGCAGUACUGCAUUACCCGGAACUGAACAAGCUCGAGCAAUGCCAUCCAUCCUCUCCGACGAUGACAAGCAGACGGUCAAACGCAGUGUUCCCAAGCCAGCCAACAAAAUCCACGCUGUCGCCGUUGCCAAGCUUUACCUCUGCCUCCCAAACCGGAGACAAUGGACGUAUACCGGCCUCCAGGGUGCCGCAGUCCUUGCGAACGACCUCGUGGGCAAUACCUUCUGGAUUAAGCUGGUCGACGUCUCGCCUGCCAACCGGGGCGUGCUGUGGGACCAAGAGAUCUACGAUACCUUCCAAUACAACCAGGACCGCACCUUCUUCCACAGCUUUGAGGGUGAAGGAUGUCUCUUUGGCUUGAGCUUCGUGGAUGAGAAGGAGGCGAAACAGUUUCGCAAGAAGGUCGACGAGCGGGAGAAGAACGCUAGUAAGGCCACGAGGGCGAAGGCUUUUGCGAGCGGGCCGCAACAGACCGGCUAUGGGCAGCAGCAAGUGACGCAGAGUGUGAGUAGUGGAGGGAAGGGUAGAUUUGGAAGCUUCUUCUCCACUCACAGGCAUGGAAGUGUGGGACAGCAGGCACAGCCGGCGCAAAGCAUAAUACCGCCAAGAGGGAUUGAGAUCAACUCACCAUAUGCUGCUCCGGCUGCUGCUACUCCAACCCAAAGUCGGCCCGCUAGCGCUAGCGGAAUUGAUCUGAACGAUCCGGCAGUACAGGCAGUGUUGCAGGAUCUGCUACAGAUGGGCAUCACGGAAGACCAGAUCGAAGAGCACGCCGGCUUCAUCAAAAGCUACCUUGAGCAAAACAAAGCGACAGCGGCAGCGCAAGCAGAGAAGAAGUCAAGAGCGCCUCCGCCGCCUCCACCUGGUCCUGCGGCGUCGAUCGCCGAUCUAAGCCCGCAGCACACCGGUAGCAGUACCAGAGGGCCUCCGCCUGCCCCACCACCCUCGAGACGAACAGCUGGCAGUGCGGCCGUCCCGCAAAGACCGCCCAGCCCAAGCCCGAGUCCUCCACCUCGCGAGCCUUCUCCACCACGACCGCGCUUCAGAGCGCCGCCGCCUAUUGCAGAUGCCGGUAAGUUUGCGCAUGAGGCAUCUCUUCCCGCGCGCAACCGUGCAAGUAGCAAUGCAGGUCCCCCACCUCCACCGCGGCCGCCGAAGACACCCCUGGACGACGAUGGCCCAGCGCAUCAGCCAGCAGGUGGCAGGUUCGGCGUACCGCCACCCUUCGAUGGCAAACGUAUCACAGUUUCGAACCCUCCUCCUCCGCCGGCACGGACUGGUGGCGUGCCUCCUCCACCUCCACCUCGAGACUCAGCACACGCGCCAGCAGCAGGCAUCCCGCCACCUCCGCCACCGCGAGGGACACCAUCCGGAUUUCCAGACUCUACCGGGCCUCCGCCACCUCCACCAUUACCACCCACUAGCGCGCGUGCAGUUCCACCGCCUCCAACAAUGAUGAACGGCGCACCACCACCGCCACCUUUGCCACCAACCGGCGCAGGCGGUCCGCCUCCGCCACCACCUUUACCACCAACUGGCGCAGGUGGUCCGCCUCUGCCAGGCGCUCCAACUUUGCCGAAAGCGCCGGUACCUGGUCGUGAUGGAUUGCUAGCUGACAUCCGUGGCGGAGCGAGGUUAAAGAAGGUAAGUGACGCGGAGAAGAGGGAUAGGAGUGCAGCGAUGGUACCUGGGAGUGAGACUGCCGCUACCCCUGCUGCGCCGUCGGGAGGCGGUGCGGGCGGAAGUGAUGCGGCGGCUGGCGGGGGGUUGGCUGGCGCGCUUGCCAGUGCGCUCGCGGCAAGGAAGAGUAAAGUCAGUCAUUCUGAUGACGAGAAAGACGACGAUGACUGGUAGUGCGAAAGCGCGUCAACAAUGUAGCCUUAAGCAUGCAACUUGCUGCUCGUCAUGUUCCUACUAUCUUUGCAUCGUCUAUACUCAUUUCAUUCCCCCAUUUGUGCAGCACAGACGUGAACAUGCAUUCAGUCGCAUCCUGCAGAUCCGUUCGACGCUCAGCUUCGAGUCGCUCUCGUCCGCGUACGACUGUGCGCUGAAGCAUACCGAUACAGGCGGCUCUACUGUACGAUGCCAAGAUUUUCGGCGGAUGGUCGUCCCGAAGUCACCUCCAUGGCGUGCACGUAUCGAACACCCGCAACGCCAGCGCUAAGAAGGCCAGGUCCUUUACCAGAACGCAGGGCUACCUUAGGCACCGUGAGGUGGAGGCACAAGAUCGCACCAAUGCCGAGCAAUUCCGAUAAAUGCGCCAAG